UCUUGGUCAUGUGGUCGUGACGUCAUCAAGGUCCUUGUAGAGGAUAGGAACUGGGGCUCCUCCGCUCCCGGAGGCCGUGUGUACAGAGGGAUCCGUGAAAAAGCCGCCCGGGCCACUCCUUGCAGUGGUGAGCGCCGCCGGACCCUGCUACAGAUGACAUGAUUCAAGGGGACGGACCCGCAGACAUGUCUGCUGAGGAGCCAGACGUCCAGGAUGCCGACCAAGACACGUUUUCUGGAUCCUUUGAAAGGCACGAGUCUGUGGCUACAACCGAAGCAAGGCUCAGGAUGGAAGGUGUAGAACUUAAAGAAGAAUGGCAAGAUGAAGAUUUUCCAAGACCUCUACCAGAAGAUGACCAUAUUGAAGGAGAUUUCCUAUCUGGAGCAGAUGGCAGGCCAGCUUGGGCAUUCCCAGUGCUGGAUCAGUCAGUUUACUGUAUCCCUUACUCAGCAUCUCAUAACUCACUACCUAGUCCAGUGGAAACAAAUAAGAAAACAAAGAAGAAACUUAUGGCUCCCAACCUGAGUCUAACACUGGAUCGCAGUGACGGCUCCAUCUUAUCUGAAGACUUGGAUGAAAGUGGAGAUUUGGACUUAGAUGAUCUAGAUACACCCUCUGAAAACAGCAAUGAAUUUGAAUGGGAAGAUGACCUUCCGAAACCAAAAUCCACUGAAGUACUUCCAAAAGGGUCAAUCCCAGAGUACACCGCUACUGAGGAGAAGGAGGAGAGCAGACGCUGGCGUAUGUUCAGGAUUGGAGAGCAGGAUCAUAGGGUGGACAUGUCAGCCAUAGAACCCUACAAGAAAGUCAUCAGCCAUGGAGGUUACUAUGGAGAUGGCCUGAAUGCCAUAAUUGUAUUUGCUGUAUGUUUUAUGCCAGACAGCAGUCAACCAAACUAUCGAUAUCUAAUGGACAAUCUCUUUAAGUAUGUCAUUGGCACUUUGGAAAUGCUUGUUGCAGAGAACUACAUGAUAGUUUAUUUAAAUGGAGCCACAACCAGGAGAAAAAUGCCAAGUCUUGGCUGGCUCCGGAAAUGCUAUCAGCAGAUUGAUAGACGGUUACGGAAAAAUCUGAAGUCUCUCAUUAUAGUCCAUCCUUCCUGGUUUAUCAGGACAUUGCUAGCUAUCACAAAGCCCUUCAUUAGCUCAAAAUUCAGUCAGAAGAUUAAGUAUGUCUUUAGCCUGGUAGAAUUAGCGGAGCUUAUUCCUAUGGAGUAUGUCGUCAUACCGGAGUGCAUAAAAGAGUUUGACGACGCAAAAAGUAAAAAGAAUCACAAAAGAGUUGAUAAAGAACUUAACAAGAAGACGGAAGACCAAACCAAUGAGCAAUAAGAUUGUAGACGACGUCCCAUAAGGCUGUAGAACAUCCAUCAAGAUUGGGGAAGAGUGGCCACUUCUUCUGUUUGCAAUAUACUGUUGUCACAGUUUUCCUGUUCUGAAAUGUGCCUUUUCAGAUGUGACUAUGGGUUUUCUUUGAAAGGAAAUCCUGAUCCUUAUGUUUAUACUGUUACAAAUAUAAAGGCACUGGACACGU